AUGCUUUGUCUUCCCUGCAAAGCGGAAGUGAACAAUCAGUGUACACAUCCUCUAGAGCAAGUAAUCUCAAGAAUUCAUUUGCCAGCCGGUUCCUAUGGAAAAUUAGGUAACGCAACAGGAAUACAGACAGAUUUGGACCGCCAACAAUAUUCUUAUAUUGAUGCCGUGUGCUAUGAGAAACAGCUUCACUGGUUUACCAAAUUUUUCCCUUAUCUGGUGUUUCUUCAUACUAUUAUAUUUGCCAUCUGCAGCAAUUUUUGGCUUCACUACCCAAGCACAAGUUCCAGACUGGAACACUUUGUUUCCAUUCUUUAUAAAUGUUUUGAUUCCCCCUGGACAACCCGAGCUUUAUCAGAGACUGUUGCAGAACAAACUGUGAUUAAUCAGACACACAAAAGGUCACGCCUACUGACUUCCCUAUCUUCCAACGCCGAAGACAUAGAUUCUGGGAAACAGCCUCUACAGUCAGGGGUGGAGGCCACUGCAGUAGAAGACGACGCUUCAGGUUUGUUAGACAAAAAAGAAGGAGAACAAGCCAAAGCUUUAUUUGAAAAAGUACGUCGGUUCCGCCUUCAUGUUGAGCAAAAAGACAUCAUCUAUAGGCUAUACCUGAAACAGAUUAUUGUUAAAGUUGCUGCACUACUUAUAAUUAUUACAUACGUUACGUAUUUUUUGAUGCAUAUAACGUUUGAAAUUGACUGCAUAGUUGAUAUUCAAGCUUUCACAGGGUACAAGAGGUAUCAGUGUGUUUAUUCCCUUGCUGCAAUUUUUAAGGUUUUGGCAACAUUUUAUGUCCUUCUUGUGUUUUUGUAUGGGUUUGCUUGUUUUUAUAGCCUCUGGUGGAUGCUAAGAAGUUCAUUGAAACAAUAUUCAUUUGAAGCUGUCAGGGAAAAAAGUAAUUACAGCGAUAUCCCAGAUGUCCAAAACGACUUUGCAUUUAUGCUCCACUUAGCUGACCAGUAUGAUCCAUUGUACGCCAAGCGUUUCUCAAUAUUUUUGUCUGAGGUUAGUGAGAACAAACUGAAACAAAUUAACUUGAACAACGAAUGGACAGUGGAAAUGCUGCGAAAUAAGCUAACCCGAAGCUCCAAGGACAAAGUAGAACUUCAUCUUUUCAUGCUGAAUGGGUUGCCAGACAAUGUCUUUGAACUCAAUGAAAUAGAAGUUAUGAAGUUAGAACUCAUACCAGAUGCCAAACUUACACCAAUGAUCACUCAGCUGGUCAUCUUCAAGGAACUUCAUAUUUACCACUCAACUCUUACUGUGGAUCUACAAGCUUUGAGCUUUCUAGCAGAGAACCUCGAGUCCCUGCAUCUGAAGUUUACUUCCUUUGAGAAGAUUCCAUCUUGGAUUUUUCAUUUGAAAAACCUGAAAGAACUGUAUUUAUCUGGACCUCUUGAUAAUCACAACUUUGCACAGAUUGAAGGUCUUCAGGACCUGAAAAACCUGAUAAAUCUUUCCUUGAAUAGUAGUAUUCCUCGGAUUCCUCCUGUAGUUACUGACAUGUUGCCAUUUUUAGAAAAGCUUAGCAUUAAUAAUGAAGGAAAUAGGUUGUUGAUAUUAAUAAGUCUGAAAAAAAUGGUUAACCUUACCAGCUUAGAACUAAUUAACUGUGACCUAGAGCGAAUUCCACAUUCCAUUUUCAGUCUAACUGAACUGCGAGAAAUUGACUUUAGAGGAAAUAACUUUAAGACCGUUGAGGAAAUUAUUAGCUUUCAGCAUCUGCACAAACUGACUUGCCUAAAGUUGUGGCACAACUCCAUCGCCUACAUUCCACUUCAGAUUGGUGCACUAGCCAGCUUAGAGCAGCUGUACUUAAACAAUAACAAUAUUGAAAUGGUUCCGCUUCAGCUUUUUUUGUGCAGUAAGCUGCGAGUUGUGGACCUAAGUUACAACAAUUUAACUUUCAUCCCUGAGGAAAUCCAACAUUUAAAGAAUCUCCAGCAUUUUGCUCUGACAAAAAAUAAUAUUGAAACUUUGCCAUCUGGGCUGUUUAAAUGUAGCAAGCUUCAGUAUUUGUUGCUGGGAAAAAACAGCCUGACCAGCCUUUCCCCACAAGUUGGUGACCUGACAAACCUUAUUAAGAUUGAGCUGGUAGGAAACCAAAUCGAAACCCUUCCUCCUGAACUUGAGUCCUGCCAGUCUUUGAAACCAAGCUGCAUCAUUGUGGAACCCAUUGUCUUGCAUACCCUCCCAUUGUAUGCAAAGGAGAAUUACAAAUCUUCUCAUAGAUAA